GAAGAAACUUGAGAAUCACCAUGGGGAAUCAUGUUGGAAAACGUGACCAGAGUGCUGAGAAGCUAAAGAACGCUGAAGCACAAGUGGAAGAAGUGGAAGAAGUGGAAAAUAAAGAGAGUCCCAAAGCAGUGAGGCUAACCCAGCAAUCUUCAGAAGACAACGAAGUAUUUGGAGAGGCAGAUGUGAACCAGAACAAUGGGACCUCCACGAAGCACACAGCGGUGACAGACUCCAAGAGCACAGCGGACCCAAAGAAUGCCUGGAAGGAGACCAACCCAGCUGACACGACUGGUCGCCCCCAUUUGGUCCGCCUCUUUUCCCGAGAUGCCCCAGGGAGAGAGGACAACACCUUCAAAGACCGGCCCUCCGAAUCAGAUGAGCUACAGACCAUUCAGGAAGACAGUGCAGCAGCUUCUGAGAAUUCGGAUUUGAUGGCUUCACAGAAGCGCUCCUCUUUCCGGCACGGAUCCAAGCUUGCAACCGCAAGCACCAUAGACCAUGCUAGACAUGGAUCCCCGAGAAGAUACAGGGAACCAGGUCUACUUGACUCACUGGGCAGAUUCUUUGGAGGUGACAGACAUGUCCCCAGGAGGGGCAAGGACUAUCACCAUGCUGCCAGAGUGAGCCACGUAAGUUCCCUGCCUCAUCCGAGGUCUCAGCAUGGACGGUAUGUGGAUGACAACCCAGUGGUCCACUUCUUCAGGAACAUUGUGUCCCCAAGAACAUCUCCUCCUAUGCAGGCAAAGGGGAGAGGAUUAUCCUUCAGCAGAUUUAGCUGGGGCGGUGAAGCUCCAAGGCAUGGAUAUGGAAGUGGCAAAUACUAUGAGCAUAAAUAUGCUCAUAAGGGACACAAGGGAUACCACUACGAUGGCCAGGGCACGCUGUCUAAACUCUUUAGACUGGGUGGAUCCGGUUCCCGACCUGGUUCCCGGUCCGGCUCUCCCAUGGCUAGGCGCUGAAGCUCUAAGAUAUCAUUGAAGGACUAUGUUCUCUGCUUCAUAACAAAGCUGCCUUAAAGAUUUAAUAACCAAUUGCAGAAUUCCCUAGACAGAAACACAAUCUAUUUGUUAAUGUCCGUUGAGCUGUGUAUGCAGUAGGAGUAUACAAAAUUCUAUUGGCAAAUGCUGACCAAAAGUUGAACA